AUGAGUCUGGGCAUCAUGGAAGAGGAAGACCUGGCCGAGUACUUCCGGCUGCAGUAUGGGGAGCGGUUGCUGCAACUGCUGCAGAAGUUCCCCAAUGCUGAGGAACAGUCGGAUUCUCCAUCCAUCCGUCUACUGGAGAAGAAAAAGGAGGCCAAGAUCAUGCAUCAUGCUAUGGAGAAGAAGAAGGAGGCAUUUCAGCGCAAAAUGGAAACCAUGAACCUGCGCUGGGAGGAACUGGGUGUCAAGGAAGCCCAACUGAAGGCCCAUAUCCAGAAGUUUGAGCAGUUCAUCCAGGAGAAUGACCAGAAACGGAUCCGAGCCCUGAAGAAAGCCAACAAGGAGCGGGAGCUCAAGAGGCAGCGCAUGCGGGAGCUGGCCAAGGCCAAGCAGGAUAUGGUGGCCCUGCGGCUGGAGCACCAGCGGCUGAGUGUCAAGCUGCAGAACUACUCCAUUUUCAACAAGUACCUGGAGAAGGUGGUGGAGAACUCUGAGUUCGAGGAGAUCCACGAGGUGAUUUCGCGCUACAAGACGCUCGUGAGCAUGCACCGCGACCUCAUGCAGUCGGCGCAGGAGGGCCAGGAGAAGAUCGAGCGCGCCAAGGCCCGGCUGGCGCGCUACAUGGAGGAGAAGGACGAUGAGAUCCUGCAGCACAACAACGAGCUGGCCCGGCUGCAGAUGCGCUUCGACCGCGCCCGCAGCGAUGUCAUCGUCUGGGAAUCUCGUUGGGCCCACAUCCAGAACACCGCCGCCAAGAAGACCCUCCUGCUUGGCACCAUUAAAAUGGCAACGCUGAACCUCUUCCAGAUCGUGAGCAAGCAGCUGAAGGAUGCCACCACCGUGUCGCUGGAUGACACGCACAAGCAGCUGGACAUGAUCCAGCAGUUUAUCCAAGACCUGUCGGACAUCCGGACUGAGGUGAAGAGGAAAGAACAGCAGCAAGUCCGGAUUUAAGGAGACAGCAUGGUUCCAGAAUGUUCUGAGACAGAGACUGUGAAAGAAUCAGUCCCUGAGGAGCUUGCAGUCCCAUCAGCCCAGUCCGGCCAUGGAGGCCCCCGGUACCUUAUCUGCUGGUGAAGGAAC